AUGUACUUCAUUCAGCCGCGUUCCAACACUUCGUCACGGACAGCAUCGCGCUCCAACUCGCGAUCAGACUCUUACAAGUCGAGCCCAAGCUCGCGGUCGAAUUCGUACAACGCAAACGUCAGCCCGCACUCGGACGCCUACUACUCCAACGCGUAUCAUCACGCUAACGAGUAUACACCACGCUCCAAUACGUUUCCAUCGAGGUCGCGUCGGAGGACGCUGUCGCGUGACAGCAGCCACUCGCUCGACUCUUCAUUCUCCGUCCCUUCCAUCUGCCAUGACCGAUACAGAGACUCGUAUCUGCCUCCUCGCCCACCCUCGCCACCCUUAUACGAACAUCACCAUCAGCCGAUUCCGACUGGUUUGAUGGUGCGCUAUAAGAUUGCAAAGGCCCUGCGUCUGAUUCCCGAGCGGCGGCGCGGAGGGAAACAGACGACGGUGCUCCGUCCGCAGGCACCAUACGAGCAACCAUAUGCAAGACGAGAGGCGUGGAGGUCGCGUGGUUGGUAG